UAUGUUUGCUGCUGCUACCAAGAGCUUUGUCAAGCAAGUUGGAGAUGGAGGGAGAUUAGUUCCUGUUCCAAGCCUCAGUGAAGCUGACAAAUACCAACCUCUAAGUCUGGUGGUAAAAAAGAAGCGAUGCUUUCUGUUUCCUAGAUACAAAUUUACCUCGACACCCUUUACACUGAAAGAUAUUCUUCUAGGAGACAGAGAAAUUUCAGCUGGUAUUUCAUCUUAUCAGUUACUGAAUUAUGAAGAUGAAUCAGAUGUUUCACUCUAUGGAAGGCGAGGCAACCAUAUUGUGAAUGAUGUUGGGAUUAACGUUACUGGAUCAGAUUCUGUUGCAGUAAAAGCUUCAUUUGGUGUAGUAACUAAACAUGAAGUGGAAGUUUCAACAUUACUCAAGGAAAUUAGUUCACGAAAAAUUAAUUUUGACCACAGCUUGAUACGUCAGUCAAGGAGCAGCAGAAAGGCAGUAUUGUGUGUUGUCAUGGAAAGCAUUCGAACCACACGGCAGUGCUCACUGUCUGUGCACGCUGGAAUUCGUGGGGAAUCCAUGCGGUUUCAUUUUAUGGAUGAACAGAAUCCCAGGGGAAGGGACAAAGCUAUUGUUUUCCCAGCACACACAACCAUAGCUUUCAGUGUUUUCGAACUCUUCAUUUACUUGGAUGGUGUCUUUGACCUUUGUGUCACUUCAGUGUCAAAAGGAGGAUUUGAAAGGGAAGAAACAGCAACGUUUGCCGUGCUCUACAGAUUGAGAAAUAUACUAUUUGAAAGAAAUAGAAGAGUGAUGGACGCCAUUUCUCGUUCACAGCUUUACUUAGACGACCUUUUUACUGACUACUAUGAUAAACGUUUCAGCAUGACUGAUAUUUCACUCAAAGAAGGGACUCACAUCCGUGUUAACUUACUUAAUCACAACAUUCCAAAAGGACCUUGCAUACUCUGUGGGAUGGGGAACUUAAAAAGGGAGACGGUUUAUGGGUGCUUUCAGUGCUCUGUCGAUGGGCAGAAGUACGUGAGACUUCAUGCAGUUCCUUGUUUUGAUAUUUGGCACAAGAGAAUGAAAUAAAAUGAAAACAUGAAUGCACUUUGCUGGUGUUUAAGGUGCAACUGUGCCACACACCUUCCCAAAAUGAAUUGUGGCAAAUUAAAGAGGGAAAGAAAUUAACCUGUCUGGGCAUCAUUUUCUUCAUGUAUAAAGUGCAGGUGGUAACAAUCUCAUAAGUUGUAUGAAGGUUAAUAUUUUUAUAUGAAAAAAGGCUUAAAUAUAAAAUUAAAGGUGUAGAUGCUCCUCCAUAAAAUCUGCCACUUACAUUAGAAGUAUUUUGGGGAUUUACUCUAUCAUUUUAGGUAACUUUUUACAUAGAGAUUUUUUGAAAUACCAACUUCAUUUUUA